AUGGGGUUUAUCUGCUUGGUUCUUCUGUUCGUCGCUGCAGGUUGUGCUAUUAGUUGUGCUGUAGUUUUUCUCAAGAGACACCUUUUCCGACCAACUGUUGUCUCAAUCGAUCGGGAUUAUAUGAACUGGGGCACUAUUCUACCAUCCCUUACCCUAUGUGAAUAUGAAAAAUUAAAUGAAACUGCACUUGCAGAAUAUUUAAGCAGAAACGAAAAUUCUCCGGAACUGGAAAAUUUUCUAAGGCACUUGGUUAACCUUUCAAUGUAUAAUCUUGAAUCCUUACCGAAUUAUCCGAAGAUCAAUCCCAAAAACUACCUCAAGUUAAUGAACGAUCUUACUAAUGUUUACGAAAAUCGAGUAAUAUCAACUGCAACGAAUAUCUCUGUGCCUUUUGUUCGUGUUGUGACGGAAAUGGGAAUAUGUUGGGCCUUCAAUUCACUACAGUAUCCCUAUACAUCUCCUGAGUAUUACAUUAGUGGAAAGAAAAAGCCUGCGCCUAAUAUUUUGCAAGCUAUCUAUCCUCAAGGGGACAAUUUUCUCAUCCUUCUGGCAGUCAAUGGGACUUCAUUCGACAUUUACUGGCACAAUCCAUACGAUUCCCCGUCGACAGAUAAAGUGAUACAGAUGGAACGAGAGUAUCCUACCUAUACCUCUCUGGUUUUCCGAUCCUUCCAACUUUACUGCACAAGUAAAGUUCGUAGGUUGAUAUUUUAUCAGAGGCAGUGCCGUUUCGAUGAUGAAUCCAAUCUAAGUCACUUCCCUUACUUAUAUUCAUUCAGUAUUUGCCGAACUGAAUGUAAAAUUAAGAUGAUGCUGGAAUUUUGUGGCUGUAUACCGAUUUUUUAUCGGGCAAUUAAGUCGGAGAGUUAUUGUGGAUAUCGAGGAUUAAAAUGUAUAGCCCACCACCGAACAGCUAUCGAAAUAUUGAGUCGAAAGUGCGACUGUCUUAGUCGAUGCGAAGGAGUGGCUUACAACCUAGACUCCGUGAAGUCAUUAUUCUGGAUCAGAAAGAGCACCAUCAAAUGGGAACUUGCAACAUCUAAAUCGAGAUAUAGAAGAGAUGUGGUCUAUGGAAUCGAAGAGGUUUUAGUGGCAAUCGGAGCUAAUGCUGGACUAUUCCUAGGCCUUAGCUUGCUUUCUUUUAUCGAGUUCAUCUUUUUCUACUUUAUGCACAUCUUUCAUUUUGAUCGAAAUCGAUUGAAUAAGGAAUAAAAUAUUGUUAU